CAAUAAUCGAUUUUCCUAGCCGAAAGCAAAACCGCUAAACCUCAGCAAAUUUAGUUGAAUUUUAAGCACGGCCGCGUGCAGUUGGGUAGUCGGCAAUUGCAUUGGUAUUUAGUCUGUUUGCCGCCAUAAAUGUGCACAGUGUUAUUGCCGUCGUUUUGAAUUAUGUAAGCGUGGUCUACCAAUCGCCGGAAAUGUCUUGGAAUUUUGUGGAACAGCCAAAAGCAGGCACUGAGACUGCCUUGGAGGCCUGUGAUUAUUUUGUCGAUGAGGUCAUUGAAAUGACGCGAGGCCUAGAUGCGCGCGAGCAGGUGCGCCUAAUUAAGCAUCGGGAACUGCGACAGGCAGUUUCGACGGGUGAUGAACGCACCGUGCGCGUCCUGCUGGAGGCAAUGGCCAGCGAGCGCCAGAUUAUAGUGAAUAUGGCACCAGCGGGGGCGAAUACGCUGCUAUUCAUUGCCAGUCAAUCCGGCUUUGAGAACAUUACCCAUCGCCUGCUCGAUGCGGGUGCAGAUGGGCGGUCACAUGCUGUCACCAAAUAUUCGCCUCUUUAUGCUGCUGUGCAUCAUGGCCAUUAUGGCAUUGCUAAACUGAUGUUGGAGCGAUUUCCGGAACUCAUACAGCAACCAACAGUGGAGCGUUGGCUACCCUUACAUGCGGCCUGCAUCAAUGGGCAUAUUAAGCUACUCGAGCUGCUUAUCAACUUUCAAUAUCCCGACUACCUCUAUCAGACAUAUCGCGACGAGGAGGGCAUCUGGGAAUGGCGACUACCCUUCGAUCCAAAUGCACAGGACGUAACGGGUCAGACCAGUCUCUAUAUUGCCAGCAUAUUGGGAAACAAGUCGCUGUUGGGCGUUCUGCUUAAGUGGCAGGUGCGCUGUCGCAAGACGCUGAGCAGUGGCGAACAGGCAUCCGCUUCAAGUACGCCAAUUACGCCAACGCGUAAGCGUAUCUCCUUCGGCAUACAAGCCAUUAUGUCCAAGCUACAUAUAUCCGGAGAAGGAGAUGCGCUGGUCAAGUCAAUGGAGGCGGACGAGCACGAGAGUCAGCGCUGUCCCAUAAACGUAAAUCUACUCUGUGGCGCGGCGCGAGAAACGACAUUGCUGGCGGCCGUUCGUGGUGGAUUCCUGGAUGUCGCACAGGCGUUGUUGCAGCACGGUGCCAAUCCGAAUAUUGUUGCCAAGCCUGUGGAGGACCAGAAUGAUCCCAAGUGCAGCGAAGAAAUUUAUGGACUCAGCAACGUGCCUAUAGCCGAAGCAUGCAAACAACGUUCGCUACCCAUGCUGGAUUUGUUGCUAAAGUUCGGUGCUCGCGAUGAUAAUGGCACUGCCAUUUGUGUGGCUAUUGCUAGCGGGGAUGAGGCUAUUUUGAAUCGUCUCCUAGCCCGGCGUGUGCAUCCUGACUCGGAUUAUAAGAUAAACAAAAAGGGUUUGCCCACGCCCGUGGAGGUCAACGUUUUUAUGCCCUCUGCUACCAACAUAUCCUACAGCGCCAUGUUUCCCAACGUACCGACCAUCAUUGACUGGCACAGCAACAUGAAUGCGCAGCUGCCCUUUGUGAGCGUUAAUUGGAUGGUCAAUGGCGUACUUCACUUGAAUCCAAAGCUACAGGGGCACCCGAAAUUAAUAGAUGUAGCCCUUACCGCCAUCACACGCAUUGACUUUUCGCAUAAUGUUCUCACAAGCGUGCCCGUGGAAAUCUUCAAUCUUGUCAGUCUGAAAUAUCUGAACUUGGCUCAGAACAAAAUCACGCAUCUGCCGGAGCCGACAUGCCAAGGCAGCAAGCCUGCCUACAAAUGUCCCGUGCUUGAUGAGCUUUUUGUGCAGGAUAAUCAACUAACUGGUAUACCAGCCGCCAUCUUCCACUUGCCGGCUCUAACAAUAUUGGACAUAUCCAAUAAUAAGCUGCAGGAGCUACCCUUCGAUAUGUGGCGCUCACCCAAGUUGCGUGAGCUCAAUGUCGCAUUUAAUUUGCUGCGUGAUUUACCUGUGCCGCCCAUGCAAACUCCGUCCAACUCCCAACUGAGCCUCGAUAAAUUGGAUCUAGAGCCGUUUGCUAACUUGGACGCAGGGGAAACGCAGAGCAAUAAGCUACGCACGCUCAGCUAUCAGCAGCUGACGCAUCGCAAUAUUUGGUCCGCCUCACUGGAGGUUACAGACAAUGAGUUGAAAUGGCACGAAGUCAAGCCGGAAGACGGAGCUUCGCAGCUGAGCAGUUUGAACAUUGCUAAUAAUCUGUUCACCAGCAUACCAGCCGCCUUGCCUUGCCUCGCAUUAAACCUCACCCGUCUUAAUUUGUCCUACAACAGUCUGCGUUCCAUGGGUCACGUCACUAGCUACCCGGCUACGCUCAAACAGCUUGAUUUGAGUCACAAUGAGAUUUCAUGCUGGCCCAGUUUGCCUCAAAUACGCGAAUCUGAUCCCCAUCUGCUGUGCUACAGUUAUAUACAACGUCAGAUGGAGGUCGAUGAGCAGACUCCAUCGUUUGCAAAGUACCAAAGUCAAUCAAAGGCGCCCUCGUUUCGUGCUUCAGUACUAAAAAGUGUGUGUCGGCAUCGCCGACACUUGCGCCUGGAGGCGUUACGGACUCUUAUACUGGCGGACAAUCUACUCACACGGAUACAACUCUCGACGGAUGAUGUAACGACGCUGUUCAAUGAGUCCGACGAUGCCGAUUGGAAUGUUGUGGGCGUAAACAAGUCCAAGCUUAUAUUCCCCAAUCUGUCUAUGUUGGAUAUUAGCAAUAACUGUCUCAAGGAAAUACCCACAUCGCUGCAUGAGCUCAACAGCCUGAGUGUGCUUAACAUCAGUGGCAAUGUGCAAGUGACGGAUUUGCCACCACAUCUAGGCUUGUUAACGAGGCUCUGGAAUCUCAACACUCGAGGUUGUUUGCUGCAAGACCCAUUGAAAUCCAUGAUUGAUAGUAAAAAGUACAAGACAAUGGACAUUAUUGGCUAUCUAAAGUCAAUAUAUGAGGAUGCCCAGCCAUAUGCGCGGAUGAAGCUCAUGGUUGUCGGAGUACAGGGCAUAGGAAAGAGCACUCUUCUCGAUCUAUUGCGUCAGGGUGUAAGUGCGCAUAAGUCACGAGCCAGUGAGAAUCAUUGGGCUAAGCGCAUGGGUCAUACGCGUAGCACAUCACGUUCACAACGAAAUGCGGCCAGUUCGGGCAACAUUUCGACAGUGGGCGUGGAUAUUGGCACUUGGAUAUGUGAGAAGCGUAAGAAGGCGCCUGGCUCCCAUGGCCCUGUAAUGUUUCGUACCUGGGAUUUUGGGGGCCAAAAGGAAUACUAUGCGACACAUCAGUAUUUUCUGUCCAAGCGUAGUUUGUAUUUGGUGUUGUGGAAUAUCACCGAUGGGAACAAGGGACUGGCUGAGCUCUUGCAAUGGUUGGGAAACAUUCAGGCGCGUGCACCAAAUUCCCCCGUCAUCAUUGUUGGAACGCAUUUCGAUGCCGUCGGCGAAUCUUUCUCGGCACAACAGGCCGAGGCUUUGCAGCAAAUUAUACGCGAAAAGUUCAUUGCUAUACCGGAUGCAGAGAAAAUCGGACUGCCGCGAGUUAUUGACUCUAUUGAGAUUAGUUGUCGCACGCUUCACAACAUUCGCCUGUUGGCCAACAUUAUUUAUGACACGGCCUUCAUGCUGCGCUCGCCGGGUUCCAAGGAACCGCUGUUGCUCCAGAAAAUACCCGCUAGUUACAUUGCGCUUGAGGACAUCAUCAAUGUGAUUGCCUGCAACUUGCGUGACGCUGGCUUGGACCCCGUACUCGAUGCCGAGCAAUACAAGCGACUGGUAACGGAGGAGAUGCGCCUGCACAACUACAAGAGCUUCCGGGACGCUGCGGAGUUGCAACAGGCCACCAUGUUUCUCCACGACAAUGGCGUCAUACUUCACUAUGACGAUGCCACUCUUCGGGAUUAUUACUUUCUCGACCCACAGUGGCUGUGCGACAUGUUGGCGCAUGUGGUCACCGUUCGUGAGAUAAAUCCCUUUGCGCCGACAGGGGUCAUGAAGCUUGACGAUCUACAAUUACUGUUUCGUAGUGUCAAUGCGCAGGGUAAUAGCAACCGCAGUUACAUUGUCAGCCUCUUAAAUAAAUUCGAGGUGGCUUUGACUUGGGACUCACGGACUCUGCUGAUACCAUCGCUGUUGCCGCUUCAGGAAUCAGCCACUUCCUAUACUGGCACCACUGUUAAAUUAUCGCAGCGAGCACGCGGACGCAACACAAAUCUGGGUUGUUCUGUGUCCCAGGAGCUAAAUCUGAACAACUUGAUCUAUGAUCAACACUCCGCAACUCUGUCAUCUUCAUUCGGUAAUUUGGAAAUGGGUUUAAGGCGCAUAUUAUUAAUGACGUACUUUCCUUCCGGCUUCUGGUCUCGUCUAAUCACACGAAUUUUGGCUGACGAGCAAAUAAUCGAGGCUAUACGCGGUGUCUAUGUGGCUAGUCAAGAUAAGUACCUGGACUUUGAUUUACGCACUUCUCUGGAGAACGACACUCAAUGGAAUCUGUGGCAAACGGGCCUAGCCCUCUACUACGGGCCUAUACUUAUAUUCAAGAUUUGGGAGCUGCCCUUCCAAAGCACUGAGCGCACUCAGCCAUUUCGCACGGCCACAAAUCGGUUUAAGCUUAAGCUUGACGGCAUUUGGAGCGAUGUCAAUUUGAAUGCAUCUAGCAUUUUAGAGGUUUACUUUCCAUUGCUACAGGUUAGCAUCUCGCAGGAAUUGGAUGCAUGUGAACGACAACUGCUUGCUGAAGUAGAGCCACAUAUGCCGCUCGUGGCCAAAUUAUUGGCUCUGACGGUGGAUCACAUUGAUCUUUUGUUGGAGGACUGGUAUCCUUCUUUGGGUACGCGAUUCGUGCAUACCUCGGAGGGGCGCUUCCUGAUCACACGCAUGGUCGUUUGCCCACGCUGUCUUAAAAAGCUGCUACAGAAUGCUCAAAACAUCAGCAAGGAUGGGGGAGAUGGCGGUGCCUUGGAUCGCGACAUAGGAGCUGUUGGGUACAGCAAGUCCGGUCGCAGUGUCAAACGCUGUCAAGGCGCUGGAGCUAGUGGGUUCUUUUUGCACGGAGAUUUUGGUGAGGAUGGUGCGAUGAACGUUUUCUCUGCCUAUCUCAACGCAACAGCGAGGCGGGAACGGCGGUCAGAGGAUUCGCUUGGCGGCUUCUCUGAUGCAGACUCGGGCGUUGGACCUGACUCGGCGGGCUCGUCGCGUAACACCAGCGUCGAUGGGCAUCCCGUUUAUAACAUUCCGGACAACUCGAACGUAUGCUAUGGCUGGAUGAUAGAGGAGUGCAUUCUAUCAGUGUACAAUCAAAGCAAAAUAUCUUGUCCUGUGCAUUUGGAACAGUCCAUGCAACAGCUCGCACCGGAUGUCAUCUUUGCCGACAUACCCGAAAAAUACACCAUCAAUUCGGAGAGCAUAAUUAAGGGCUCUUUGCUGGGCCGAGGGGCAUUCGGUUUUGUUUUCAAAGCUAGUUGUAAGAUGCGCGGUGCGCGCGUCUUUAAGGCGGUAGCUAUGAAGAUGUUACAACCUGUUCCGCCAGGUGCCCGUGCCAAAGAGAGCGCUUUGAUGGCCUACAAAGUUGCACUUGGAAAAUGGGAUCGAGAUCCGCUGCAGCACUCGUGCAAGGCUUAUUGCACGGCGCGUCAGGAAUUGGCCGUAUUGCUAACUCUUAAACAUCCUAAUAUUGUGCCUCUGGUGGGCAUUUGCAUUAAGCCAUUGGCGUUAGUGCUGGAGCUAGCGCCGCUGGGUGGCUUAGAUACACUGCUGCGUCAAUAUCGACGAAGUGGUGCACACAUUGGACCUCAUACUUUUCAAAUACUGGUUUUGCAGGCUGCGCGUGCAAUUGAAUAUCUACAUCGGAGGCGCAUUAUCUAUCGGGACUUAAAAUCGGAGAACGUGUUAGUCUGGGACUUUCCGCAACCGCACAGCGAGGACAGUCCGCGAAAUUCGGUGCACAUUAAGAUUGCCGACUAUGGCAUCAGUCGACAGACCGCGCCUAGUGGAUCAAAAGGUUUUGGUGGCACUGAGGGCUUUAUGGCGCCAGAAAUUAUACGCUACAAUGGAGAAGAGGAGUAUACGGAAAAGGUGGAUUGUUUCUCCUUUGGCAUGUUCAUUUAUGAAAACAUAAGUCUGCGUCAGCCCUUCGAAGGCCACGAAUCGAUAAAAGAGUGUAUACUGGAUGGAAGUCGUCCGCCACUGACACAAAGGGAAACCCAGUUCCCAACUUAUUGCCUCGACCUCAUGGUGCUAUGCUGGGAUGAGCUCCCUAAGAAGCGUCCUACUGCUAGUCAAAUAGUUUCUAUUCUUACGGCCCCCGAAUGCAUACAUCUUCUGGACGUGGUGGCACUUCCGCAUAGUGAGAAGAUUGUCUGCGGCGUUUUCAAUGCCCUGCACAGCGCAGAGGAUGAGAGCGCGGGCUUCGAGUUGUGGCUACCUGCCUUUAAUUCGCGUAUCGAUAUACUGGACACCACAGCCGGGGGCAGUUUGUUGCAGUGCAGCAGUAUUUUAUGUGCGCCACAACCACAAGUGGCGCCCAAGACACCCGAAGCUGGCGGUGCUGCAACACGCGCUCGUUCUGCGACUCGUCCACCCAAAGUCAAUAUGCUGUGUUGUUGCAUCAUUGGCGAUGCAAUAUGGAUGGGUGACGUAUCUGGCAAUCUGCAUGCCUACAGCACUUCCACCUACAUGCAUAUCUUCUCCUACAUGCUUGAUCCAGCCAUUAAGUCACCUGUCAUAAGUCUAGUUUAUAUGCAGCGUAUUGAACGUGUGGCGGUGGGUCUGCAUAAUGGUCGUGUUUUUUUGGUGGAUGCCACCAAAGUGCCCACUAAUUGCGCGUUUGCCGAGGGCUCGUUUGUGCUCACCGAAAUCUGUUCUGGUUUUGUGCUUCAUGCAGCUUGUACAGUUUAUGUUGAUGGCAACUACGAAUUGUGGUGUGGCGAGUUGGCCGGAAAGAUCAAUGUAUUUCCUUUGAACGCCUCUGGCGUCUCUGGCCAUCAGGCGCUUUGUCAUAUCGAUGAGCCGAAUCUUAUUGAGGAUAUUAAAGUAGCUCGCAUGUGUGCCAAUGAUACAUACUUGUUUACUUGCCUUUAUCCCGGGUUCAUCGUUUAUCAGUGGCAUGCCUCUGGCAAAGAAAUUGUUAACAAGCUGGAUUGUUCUAAACUAUUGCCCUGCUCGGAGUCUCUCAAAAGCAUUGCAAUUGACGAACAUCUAAGCUUAAUUAAAUGUCAAAUAUCUGCACUUGCGACGCACAGUACAGAGCUAUACAUAGGUACAACCUGGGGUUGUCUUAUCGUUGCUGAGCUCCAAACACUCCGACCAAUAAGUGUAUUUAGACCCUAUGAGAACGAGAUAAAGACAAUUAUAGCAGUGCCACACCCGAAUGUGCCUCUAAUUGCUACAAUUGGACGACGCUACCGUUCGCUAAUAUCCCGGUAUGUGGACGUACCGGAAUCCACGACGUCAUCGACCAUGACACAGUCGCGUCUUGUGGGUACCCCCACACAUGCUGGCGCUAAGAACUUGCCAAUAGUUGAUUUGGACAACCACAUACAUUGCCUACUUUGGCGUGCCAAGCACUGGACCUAAAUCAUGAUCUCAACUUAAUGCAUUGAUUGUUGUAUUUUGCUAAACUAUCUAUUUCUUAUUCAAAAGCUUUGACACAUAUUGUUAUGUAAACAUUUACCAACUGAAAUAGUUCUUAAUAGUUCAUCAUUCCAUUUUCAAUAAAGAAUCAAAUUGUCCAACUGUUUAAAGCCAA